AGCUCUGCAGGUCAACAUUUAUAACCCCUACUUUAGAGAGCCUCAAACAAACAGUGCCCAGAGUUCUGACCUUAAACUUAAACUCCUUGAACUUCUAUGCCCACGAGCUUGCACCUGACAUUCUUUCCCCUGGCAUGCACUUCACCAGUCACAAGGACUAUCACUGGAUGCAUGCUCUGGUAGGAAGAUAGGCAGAGAAAUCAACAAGUACUGCGAAAGACAGAGAUCACCAGAGUCAGCAAACCACUAUCUCUAAGCACAUCAUGAAUUAAGUACAUCAAGACUCAGACCAUUCAGUGUCACCUUAGUGAUCUCAUCAACGGAGACCUGGUGUUUUCAACUAUUCCAGUUGGUGCUCUCGGAUCUACUGUGUGAAGAAAAUGAAAUGUUACUGUUUCUGAUUCUCUUCAUGACUUUUAUCUGUGGAGUAUUGUUCUUCUGUCUCCAUCACUGGCUGAAACAUCGCCGAGUUGAUCCUUCAAGACGCACCAUGGCUGUUUUUGCUGUUGGAGAUUUGGACACCACCUAUCGGACAGAAGCAGCUGUGAAUCCAACUGUUAGAUUUCAUUUUCAAACUCAAAACCUGGAGCGCCAUCCUGUUCCAUGUUUUGGCACCCUGGGCUCUCCACCUUCAUAUGAAGAUGUUCUGAAAAGCGGGUUGUAGAUGUGGAUGCUCUACUGAAAAUAUUACAAGUAUCUGUAAUUUUAAACCAUCAAAUAGGCACAAUUCUUUCAUUUAGUAGAAAUUCCUCAAAUUCUUUUAAUAUAGUCUGAAAAGGACAGAUAGAUGAAAGAAUGGAUGUAAGAAAGAGUUUUGUUCAGAGACAUGUUUUAAUUAUGAAUUGGUAGACUCUUGAUACACUGCUGCUGUUAUACAGCAAAGUAAAUAUCUCUUCAUUCAUACUCAAAGAAGGAAGAAUGAAGUAAGAUUAGAGUCACCUCUAUUUAAAUUGGGGAUCCCUCUCUAUUACACAUAAUGCUAAUGAUUAAUACCAGCUUUCCACCUCUGUCUGAUCUCUUCCCUCUUUCCCAAUACCAAUGAUCAUAAUUUAACAGUAGCAUAAGCAGAAAUUCUGACACAUUCAAUGCUAGAACCAAAAAGAUAAAAUGUGUGAGUUAGGGUAAAAGGAGAAGUAAAUGAAGAAGGGAAUGUGAUUGGAAAUCUCCCCAUAGGAAGCUCCUCAGCUCAAGGAAGGAGAAUUUGUAGGCAGAAGCAAGUUCCUUAAGUCAUUAAGCAUAUGCAAUUCCAAUAUGGAGAAAGGGAGGAGAAAAUUCCCAUUUUCCGUGUUAGUGUGUUUUUCAGGUACUAAGGUUUUUCUGCAGUUCCUUAAAGCUUGGCAUAAUAAGAAACUUUGGCAUAGGUAUCUGUAUUCUCACUGAGGACUCUGACUGCAGAAGUAGCACUCAUACAUUUGCAAAGGAUUCGGGAGUGGCAGGGCAGGAGGGGGGGAAAACCUAUACCAGAUGCCACAUGGUGUUCAGUAAAUUUCCUGUACAAAGCAAUUGACAUAUCCUCUUGGUUAUCAAUCGAUCUGAGAUUUAACUUGACCAAACUGAGCUCGUAAUCUUUUCCCAGUCCUGUUUUAGUGAAAUCUCACUCAUCUUAGCUAAUGACAACUGCACUCCUUCUGUUGCUCAGGUUAAAAACUGUGAGUGUUAAACAAAAUGUGAGUAUUCUCUUUCUGUUAUUUUUUUAUAUCCAUUCUCUUCAGGAAGGUUUGCUGACUAUUCUUUUAAAAUACAUUGAACAUUCAAGGAUCUUUACCUACUAUAUGUCUAGAAAGACACUCAGCCUCAGUCUUUGCCUGGUUACUGAAAUAGCAUUUAAACUGUUUCUUUUUCUAUGGCCUUUGCUCCUAUUUUCAAUUUAUAAAAUAGUAGCUCUAGUAAUUUUUCAUUUUCUUUUUAAGAGUAGCUUCAGGUCUACACCAACACUGAGCAGUAGGUGAAGAUAUUUUCCAUGUAGCUCAUCCUUGCACCUGUAUGUACUCCAUUGUUACCAAUAGCCUUCCCUGGAGGGGCACAUUUGCUAACUGAUAAAAGUACCCUGACAUAUUACUAUCACCCAAUGAAUUUGGUUAAUACUAAUCUUAACUCUUGGUGUGGUACAUUUUAUGUGUUUGGCAAACUUAUAAAUUCAUCGGCCUACCAUUGCACUGUCAUGCAGAAUAGAUUCUCUGCCCUGAUUACACACUUUACUCUGCUUAUCCAGUGUGCCCUCUCCUCAAAUCACUGGCAGCCACUGGCUGUUUUGAUGGUGUAGCAUAUAGUUGGAGUCAGCUAGUAGUUUUGUCUUUUCUCUCUUGCUCUUUGUCUUUGUAAUAUGUGUGAGAUUCCUUUGUCUUUUCCUCAGUUGGUACUCUAUGUUACCUCAGUACUAAGAUCCCAUUGCCUUUGUGUGCAAUCAUUUGUUUAUCAAUUUGCAUACAGACAGCCACCUCGAUUUUUCUAAAUUUCAGCAAUUAGGGACAAAGCUGCUAUCCAUACACAUGUGCAAGUUUUUGUGUGGAAAUAUAUUUUCAGCUCCUGAGAUAAAUAUCAAGAAGAUGGUAGUAGGAUAUAGCCUGUUUAAAUUUUUAACAAACUUCCUGUCUUCCAAAGUGAUUGCACCAUUUUGUUGUUCGUACAUCAAUGAAUGGAAGAUCCUGUGGCUUCUCAUCAUUCCCAGCAUUUGGUGCAGUGAAUGUUCUGUAUUUUGGUCCAGUUUGCUUUGACAAAAACCCUGACCCGAGAAAAUUAAAGAGGGAGAAGGUUAUGUUGAGUCACAGCUUGUGGAGGUUUCAGUUCAUAGUCCAGUGGCUGCAGUGUGGAGCAGCAUGGCAGAGGGGAGCUGCUCCGGGGAAGGAGACAGGAAGGAGAGAAAGCCCAAGAGAGAAGUCGCAAAGGAAGAUGAACCAUUCCAGGCCAUUCCCCCAGCAACCACAUCUUCACCUUCCAACAGCAAGGCAAAUAUAUUGUGUGGCGUAACCCAGUCACCUCCCCAAAGCCCCACCUAGCAUGGCUUUGCUGAGACAUCUAGAUAUAAAAUAUAGCAGCCACUGUGAUCAGCCUGUGGUGUUAUUUUAGAAUUGGUUUAAUCUGAAUUUCCCUGCUAAUAUAUGACAUAGUCCAACUUUAAUAACAAGGGUAAUCUUUUAACAAUAUCAGAAAAAUCAUGCCUGUUCACUAAACCCCAAAGAUUCUAUGCUUCAACUAAAGAAAAUAUACCAAAGGCCUUCACACCUGCCUUAUGAGAUCUGUACCCCUUUGAGUUUCUUUCCUUAUUACUCUUUCCUUUACUCCUUUGUUCUAAGAACACUAUCCUCAAGUCUACUGGGUAAUAUAUUUUCUGUUCCCUUCCAUGCUCGAGGGUUUAACACUCUUGUUCUUUUUUGCUUAUAACAGUGUUCAUUUUAGGCAUCAGCAUUGCUUCUUCUCUUCCCCUCUUUGUAGCCAUUCCUUAAAGGUUACCUUCUCAGUGAGACUCAUUUUCAAUUUGUGCUUUAAAGAACAGUUUCUGCCAGCCCUGGUAUCCACCACUUUCGCAACUCGAGUACCUUUUUAUCUAUAGCAUAUAACAUAUGCUCCUACAUGUCAUAGCUAAAUUCUAUUUGUAGAUUGGAGUUUGUCUUUCUUGCCAAGAACAAAAAUAAAUGAGUCAAAAGAUCAUUGUCUUUUUCACUGGUUUGUACUGUAAGGAUCUAAAGCAGUUUACUUGGUACUUAGUGUGCAUUCAAGCAAAUGUUUUUAAGUAACAGUCCCAGUAGUGGAAAUGCCAAAAAGUCAUUGGAUGAGAAUUUAAUGGAAAAGAGGUCUUAUAAAGGCCAAGUGAAAUCCAGGGACAACUAUCUGAGUGGUGUUAACGUAAACUUCUUUGUGUCCAUGGAUGAAAGAGGUCUGAUGAAACAGCAAACAUGUGAUGAUGUCUUUAGUGAAGCUUGAUAUGUGUGGACAAAUUAGUGUACAGACUGGAUGCAUACACACUCUCAGAUUUUAUUCUCAUGACAGUUUUGAGAGCUGGCUAUUCCCGACUUGAAGCUAUCCAUGGUAGAACAAACACAUCUCCCUUGAGGAACCCAACAGGGUUGCAGUAAAGGAAUAGAAAUGCAUUUAAUCCACAAGAAUGAUGAGACCAUGUAGUGAAAAGGUGGCAGGACUUAUCCCUAAGAUCUCAGUACCUGGGACGAUUGACAUGAACGUAAAUGAUUGUCAUAUCUGAAUGAGGUUUCAAGAUUCUCCACUUUGCUAAGCGUUUUCAGGGAAGAAGUUGACAAUAAUCAAGCAUCUCUGAAGUGAAGCAAUCCAGAAGUGCCCAAGAUUAAAGUCAAAAGAAUUUCAAAAAUUAUCAGAAAGUGAGUCUACAUGGACAUGGCAUUGCAGUAGCUGGACGAAGUGGCUCCAAUCAGAACCUGAAAAGACAAUACUGCUGGAGGAUAAGAGUGAUUGCGGAGUGAAAUCAAGUGUAAAUGUAGUCAGAAAUUAAUGAUCGACAAAAAGUGAAACAAUGUGAAAACAAAGCAAUCUAAAUAUAAAACUUGAAUUAAGUAAAAAAAUGAUUACGCUAUGAGCAAUACAAAGAAUCACUACUGUUUAAAAUGUUUAACUAUGAGUGGUAUAAACAACAUUGCCAAAUUAAUUAAAAUUAUUAAAUUAAUGUUUUCAAAUAUGUGUUAUUUACAUUGCAGAUCUCUAGAGAAGAAAACUGUGUAUGAGGGAAGGGUGCAAGAUGUCAUAGAAAUUUAAAUCCUCAAUCCCAGAUUAUGGAAA